GAAAACAUUCGUGUGGUAGAAGAUUGACAAGAUAUUUAACGGCCUUGUUCAUGAUUUACGGAACAUUAGCUGUGACGGAGGAGUCAACUGCAACCACGGGGGCUACUUGGCUUCGCAAUAUCACCAUCCAAGGAGAGAUGAGCAGUAGUAGCGGAAGUUUUGGGGUUGGUGUUGGCGUCGGCGUCGCCGGUGGACCAACACUUGCUGCGGCACAACAGAGUCAAGGUGUCGCAGCUUUGUUGGUGAUGCUUGCCGUAUUGUGUUUCAUUUUUGCUUACUGUUGUUGGGGUGCCCCGUUCUGUAGAUCACUUUGUAGACGACAUUGCUGUUGUCGUUUGGAGGAUCCUGAACCAGAUUCACGUUUUGGUAAUAGCGAUCAGACUAUGGUUGCUACACCAACGAUCAUUCUUUUACCACAUGGUAGAAUGCUCGUGGUUGAUGGUACUAUGUUCACACAAUUUCAAGCCGAUCCUACUGGUUUGGAUUUGGUUGAAUUGGGUGAUAGUGUACUUCGUGCACAAAGAAAUCCACGAAGUAUUAAUCGACAUCAGUUGCAAAACAGUCAGGGUAGUAUAUUGGAAAUGGAUGCUGAAACUCCUAGCAAAGAUAGUUUAGGAUCUAUAGCAUGUUUUCCACCGCCUACUUAUGAAAGCAUUUACGGCAAAGAAGAGACUGAUAUGCCACCCUCGUAUUCCGACAUUCUAUUGCAUAGGUUUGCUAAUCUUCCUCAUGAGCUGGAUUUUUGUCGUAACGACAAAGAAGAAAUCGAAAUGCAAAGUUUAGAGGGUUGUCCUCAUAUAGUUGGUAAUCCCAUGAACGUAUUGACCUACCCUUAUGCAACAGUAACGAGUUUCUCUAGUCAAAGUUUCCCACGAAGGAAUGUCUCGAGAAAUCCAUCGAUCAUCAGUAAUCCCUUGGAUAAUUAUUACAUGGACAACGAUUUAGGGCUAUAUAGAUUAAGUCAAGAAAUGGGUCAUCGUGUUUCAAGCAACACGAACUUGAGUACUUAUAGAACUUCGCAUGAUGAUAUUACGUUCCAAUUGUUUCAUGAGAAUGAAAAUCACCAAAGAGAAAAUUUAAUAGAUAACGAGAAUCAUCGGUCGAAUUCACAAAAUGUUAAUCGAAAUAAUGAACAAAGAUAUACCCAUAGGGUGGAUGAAACAACAAACCCUUCUGAAAACACACCAACGGAAAAUGAUAUAAUGAAUACAAGGAAUCGUGCACGAAGUAUCUCGCGAAUAAGUAACGAUAGUAAUACAAAUAGAGAACGUGUUUCUAGAGACGAUCAAGCUGAUGUUGCUUUUGUCAGACACGUUAAUUCUCACGAAAUGGAGACUUCCCUCGAUGUUCCGCAUGAAAUGUGCAACGUAAAUAGGGUAAACGAAAUGUCUCAAGCGCAAUUAUAUCGUGGAGAACAAUCGAAUGCAAGAAAUGUUCAUUUUCAAAAUACACAAACUAACGAAAUCAACCAAAACAACGAAGCUAGUCCAAAUAUAAGGUAUCUUCAUAGAAGCAGGCGAAGCGAGAAUGAAAGUAGAACGCAAAAUGCUGACAGCGAGUCUGGAUAUUCUGAUGACGAUGCUGGUAAUUUUGGUGCUCUUGCUGAUAUUCGCGAGAGUAGGGUCUGAUGAAAUAUUGCCAAUUGAACGAUAAGUUUUUAGGAAAUUCUACGCUAACAUCGCGCCCUACUUUUACUUAUUUUAUAUAAUUUCAAAAUUCCUUCAUUUUUCUGAUACACUUAACUCUAACGAUAACGCACACGCAGUAGUAUAGAGUAGUAACUAAUGAAAUAAUUAAUGCUGAUAAAAGUUCUUCAAAUUUAUAUGGAAGAUUUUUACGAUUAUCAAGGGAAAGGAUAUAUUUACGCAUUUCUUAUAAAAAAAAAAAAAAAAAAACAAACAAACAAACAAAACAAAACAAAAAA